UGGGCUUCCUUCAUCCUCCCGACUUUCUUCCUCUUCCCCUCUGUUCGAUAUUUCACCGGCGACGGAGGGAAGGAGACGUCUGCUUGGACUUCGGCCUCACCGCCGCCGUCUGCAACCCGAGCACGAGGGGACGGAGUACAGAGUGCUCAUCGUUGUCGGGACGACGUCGUGGAAAGCGCUGGAGAAUGGGCCUCCUUACUUCCAUCAGCGAGAAGCCUAUGCUUUAACGGGGUAGUGUAUUUCAGGAGCUGGGUCGGUUCGAGUAAGCGGGCGGAGGCGGUAAUGGUGGCAGUUGAUGUUCAUGAAGAAAGUUUCAAGAAAAUCCAACUCCACAGGGAUGCACCAUCGGAUGUUAAUUCAUCUUCUCUAGCAAAAUUGGGAGGUUGCCUUGUUAUAGCUAAGUUUGUUCAAGUUCAACAGGAGCCUAGGCUAAGCUUCUAGGAGUUGGACGAUUCCUCUGGCAAAAUCUGUUUUGGGUGGAGCGCAGCUUUUUGUUGACUGAAUCGUCCGGCUCCAUCCCUCCUUCGUCGCCGGUGAAAGCUGGAGAUUUGUUUAGAAAUUAGGGAUUUAAUUUGGG